AUGGCCUCGUACGACUCGGAGCUGCACUCAAUCCCGGAGCCGGAAAAGAUUAACACCCCGUGGUCGUGCGCCAUCCCGCCCGCUUCCCGACACUCAAUCACGUCUCAUUUCCAGGGGUGGCAGGCCCUGCUCGUCAAGCUAAUAAUCACUAUUUCCGGCCUGGACCCAACCCUGCACACAUGCUUCGUCUUCCCGAGAUUGCAGGUGGCGCAGGCAUGUCAGACUUACAUCACGCGGCCAGACCGCCCCGACGGGCUUGAGGCCCUCGAGCCGUCGACAACGUCGAUCCGGGCGUUUGAGAGCACGGGAACAGGGCUGCACAUGUUCGCCGUCACGUUCCCGGUCGAUAAGCUGGUGCACGUCAUGGCCUGGUGGUCCGACACGGGCAUGGCCGUGUCCAGUCGCUUCGCCGAGGCCGUCCUGGCCGACACGAAGGGGCUGCACGAGGUCGCGCUCGACGCGCCGCCGGCCCAUCCCUCCGAGGUCGGACCCGCGCACGAGGUCGUCCGCAAGCGCAUUGCGCGGCUGAUGGAGCGGGCGCCCAUCACUUCGCGCGAGAGAACGGUCCAGCCUUCCGACGUGUACCUGUUCCAGUCCGGCAUGGCGGCCAUCUACAACCUGCACCAGUGGCUGCACGGGCUGCGCGGUGGAAAGAGCGCCAUCUUCGGCGCUCUCUUUUACGAGACGAAGCAUGUUGUCGACAAGUACGGCGGCGGGCUGGAGUUUUUCCCUGGGGGAGUGGAGUUGGACGAUCUGGAGCGGUUCCUGGAGGCUGAGAGAGCCGAGGGUCGGGCCGUGGUGUCGGUCUGGACCGAGAUCCCCAGCAACCCGUUGCUGGUGACGCCGGACCUGACUCGGCUGCGUCGUCUGGCCGACGAGCAUGGCUUCGUGCUGGUGGUGGACGACACCGUCGGCGGGGUGUGUAAUGUCGAUGUGCUGCCCGUUGCUGACGUCGUCAUCACCAGCCUGACAAAGCUGUUCAGCGGCCACGCCGACGUCAUGGCCGGCAGUGCGGUGCUGAACCCGUCGAGCACAAAGUACUCGGCACUCAAGGCUGAAUUCGAGCGCCGCUACGUCAACGACCUGUUCGCCGAGGACGCCAAGGCGCUGAGGCACAACAGCGAGGAUUACUUGCACCGCGCAGCAGUGGCCAACCGCAACGCCAUGGUGCUCACCGACUGGCUGCACAAGCGCGCCAAGCUGGGCGGCAGCAGCAUCAAGCACGUCCUGUACCCGACGACGACGCCGACGGGCACGCAGGGGAACUUCGAGGUGCUCAAGCGCCCGGCGACGGCCGACUUCACGCCGGGUCACGGCUGCCUCUUCACAAUAGAGUUCCACUCGCAGGAUGCCGCCGUGUCCUUUUACGACAACCUGCACGUGUACCAGGGGCCGCACCUCGGAGCGCACCGCACCAUCGCGCUCCCGUACGCAUACCUCAUCUACGGGCCGGGGGACCAAGAAAAGCUGAGGCGCAUGGGGAUGACGACGGCGCAGAUCCGUAUUUCGGUUGGGUAUGAGGACGAGAGGACGCUGCUCGACACAUUCAAAUAUGCCGUUCUGAAGGCAGACGCGGCGGAGAGGGCGAAAUGGGCUGUUUAA